UAACUUUCACUUUCUUGUGAAGAGCUUCAACACAGAACACGAUUCUUACUCUGGAUCAUCCACAGUGCUGUUUUCUCUUCUACACUUCACAAUGGAGUGGCGGAUUGUUCUCCUGGGGAAGACUGGAUCAGGAAAAAGUGCUACUGGAAACACCAUCCUCAAUGGCAAUUAUUUUGAAGUCAAAGCUUCUCCUCAAUCAGUGACAAGGAUAUGUAUGAUGAAAGAAGCUGGACACAUCAAGGUUGUUGAUACUCCUGGCAUGUUUGACACACUGCUCACCCCCAAACAACUGAAGCAAGAAAUCGGGCAGUGUGUGCUCAGUUCAGUUCCUGGUCCUCAUGUGUUUCUGCUGGUGAUCAGACUGGGCAGAUUUACAGAGGAGGAGAAGAAUGCUGUGAAGUGGAUUGAGGAGAAUUUUGGGCCAGAUGCAUCACUCUACACCAUUGUCCUGUUCACUCAUGCUGAUCAGCUGGGAGAGAGCUCAUUGGAUAAAUUUUUAGCAGAGAGCCCUGAACUGAGAAGAAUCCUAAAUGUCUGUGGAAAUCGCUAUCACGCAUUUAACAACAACGACUCCAGUCGUUUCCAGGUGAAUAGCCUAUUGCAGAAGAUCGAUGACAUGGUUCAGCUGAAUGGAGGGAUGUACUACACUAAUGAGAUGUACAGGAGAGCUCAAAGAAGUAAUGUUAUUGCUAAAAUACUUGGAGCAGUUGCAGAUGUAUCUGCAGGUGUAGCUGUAGGUGUAGCUGGUAUGGUUGCUAUAGCUUUGCUCAAUAAAUAGUUUUACUUAAGUACACUAUUUGGCCAAAAGUUUUGGGACACCUGCCCUUUCCAGCCAUACCGUUCUUCCCCAAGCUGCUACCACAACGUUGGAGGCAGACAACUGUAAAGUAUAUCUUUGUAUGUGGUAUCAUUAUAUGUUCCCUCCACUUAAACUCAGAGACCCACAGGAUCACAGAAGCAUUGUCCAGCCAGACAAAGCAAGCUUCAUGAAUACAUGCCUCACAUUGGUUGAUGUGGAAGAUCUCCUGCUAGAGAGCUCCAACCCAAUUCAACAUCUUUGGGAUGAAUGUGAACACUGACUGCACCCCAGACCUCCUCACUUCCACUACAUCAGUACCUGACUUUACUAACACACAUGUGCCUGAAUGAAUCUCACACACAUCUCCAUAAGUGCAAAUCCAAAUCAAUCUUCCCAGAAGAGUGGAGGUUAUUGUUAAAGCAAAUGGAGACUGAAUGUGGAAUGAGAUGUUCAAAAAGGAGCGCGUAUCAAUUAAUGCUCAGGUGUCCACAAACUUUUGUCCGUAUAGUGUAUUUAACUUUUUUUUUUUCUUGUAUACUGUAACCAGCAGCUCAGACUUUAAAAUCUUUAUUUUACUAACCUUUUAUGUAAUCGAUAGCUUAAGUUAAUUCAGAAUAAAUGAAAUUUGCUGAUAUAAAAAAUGAAUAAAAAUGUAAUUCUUUUUAGUAAAUGGUGUAUGGUUGAAACUAAUAAAAUAUUUUUCUAAAAAUUGUA